UUGGAUUUCAACUUUUCGUGGUUGAAAAGAUUGUGGUCGGAAUUUGUCGUUAUUGAUAAUGUUGGGUUAGGGUUCGAUAAAAGUGGCCUGAGUCGGGUUUAUCAAAAAAGGGUCUGGGCUAGAUGGGGUUGGAACUGUUAUAUCCGACGGGUGUUCGUUGACUACUUGACCAUCAAUUUAUCCAAGGAGAGAAUAAAAUUUAGGUGAUGGAUUGGGCUGGGACAGAUAUCAGGGACUGACCGGGGAAGUUUAAUCCAACUGAACGGAUGCUGAAUUGGCUAGAAGGCGUCGGACCAAUGGAUCUAUCCGCGUAUGCUGAAGAAGUUGCCACUUUUUAUGCUAAGAUGCUUGAUCAUGACUAUACUUCAAAGCCUAUUUUUAAUCAAAACUUUUUUAAGGAUUGGAGAAAGGUUUUUUCAUUUAAAAAAUUUUCUAAAAAUUGAUUUAGACAAUGACCGCUGCAGAACGUUCAACAAUAACUGAUUUAAAAAAAUGUGAUUUUCGGUAUAAAAUAUUUAUUAAUAUAUAUAAGGAAAAAGUGAGGAGUGAUCCUGCUGUCUAGCAUAGGAAGAGUUUUGGAUCUAUUAAAAAAAAGGGUGGUUAGUUGGGAGAGCAACUGUACGUGUUGAGCAAGAAGGGCUAACAAUAAAUGCCAUGAGGUUCGAUACCUGCUCUGGGCUAAACUUAAC